UUAUAUUGAUUUACCAAAAUUUUCAAUUUUUACGACUUUUAGACCCGGAAUUACGAAUUUACGUUCUUUAAAAAUGGAAAAAAUGGAAAAAAUGGACGUUAAUUUAAAAUAUCAAGAUGAUUUGAUUUGUCAAAAUGCCAUUGAAUUUUUAACCAUGGUACCUAAAUUCUGUAAUAAAAUUAUUGAUUGUGAAAUAUCUGUUGAUAAUUUGAAUGAAAUUUUUAUCAAUCCAUUCUUGAAUAUUAUCAGAUCACAACCUUUAGAGAGAAUUUUAAUUUAUAUUUCUAGAUUAUCUAAUUUAGGGGAAAAUACUCAAAAGAUCUUGAAUUCUUUGGAAUUUCGAUCGGAUACUUUGAGGGAAUUAUCAUUUGAACAUUUAAACUUUCAAAGAAUUGAUUUAUCAUUUAUGACAGAUUUAGAAUUUAUAGAAAAGAUUAAAUUUAUACAUUGUAAAGGUUUUAUAUCGGAACAUUGUGAGGCUUUAUCAAAGAAGAAAUUUCAAUUUAAAGAAUUAAAAUUUUGGCAUGAUGGCUUUUAUAAUAUUUAUGAUAUGAGAUAUGAUAAGUAUAGUAUUGAAUUAAAUAUAGUAAAAUCAAUAAUUGGAUGUUUUUGUGGUGAAUCAUUACUCAAGUUAUCGUUGAAUGUUAUUACUAUGGAUAUAAUCAACGGGAUAAAAGAAUAUUGUCCAAAUAUUUUCUUUUUACAUAUUUUAAUCGUCUCACCAGAACCAUUUCGUGAUCCAAUAAUCCCACUUAUUUGCGAUUUAUCUUCUUUAAAAAUCUUACAUAUUCAAACUAAAUCUUUUAUUUUUGAUAGUGGUACUUUGGCUAAAGUUUUGGGAGAUUUUCUGACGUCUGUUGAGUAUUUAUUCUUCGAUUUUUUUAUCGAUUUAUUAUCAUUUCAAUAUUUUACUAAAAAUUGUAAGGCUAAUUUAAAGAAAUGGAUUGUUAUUCCAAAUGAUAAUUCUUUGAGAAAGGAUUAUUUAUCAUGUGUUAAUAAUUAUCAGAAGGUUCACAAUUCUUUAAAGGUAUUGGGAAUUAACAAACUUCUUACGUUUGGUUGGACAAAUGAAGAAAUUGAAAUUGUGGAUUUAUUAAAAAAUCAAGGUGUUGAAGUUGUUGCGUCGGAAGAGUUGAAAUUUUUAUUUGAUUUUUGAUUGGGUUAGAAAUUAUGGGAAUUUUUUUGUAUGUGUUUAACGGAAGUUAUUAAUUUGUAUUAAUUGGCGAAUAAAAUUUUAAAAUUUAACUAACUUCUCGAUAAUAAAU